AUGGCUCGGCCGACACUGGUCUAUCUGGAUGUAAAGGCCAUGGCUGAACCUAUCCGGCUCGCACUUUUCAUCGGCAAGGUAGAGUUCGAGGACAAGCGAGUGACGUACGACGAGAUUUCGAAGAUGGGCACCCAGGGCAAGCUGCCCUUCGGCCAGGUCCCCGUCCUUCAGCUGGAUGGUGAAACCUUUGCCCAGACACAGGCCCUGCUUCGAUGGGCCGGGCGGAAGGCCAAUCUCUACCCGGAGAACCUUCAACUGCAGCUGCGUUGUGAUGCGGUAGAAGAAGCUUUGGUCGACAUGAAAAAAGUCCUCGGCCCGUGCUGGUACAACUCCGUCCUUGGGCGCGAUCCUGUGACCAAGCAGCCUCUGGUGCAGCUACCUGACUCCAUGCGGGAGGAGGCGGCGAUUGGGCGCAUAACUGGUGCAGAAUAG